AUGGCUUUUUGGAAACUACUCCUUACUGCCUAUUUAUUGGUCAAUCCCGUAUUCGGUAUCGAUAUAACUGAAGAUAAAGUUGAUCGUGGUGCAAUUGAUCUUAGUGCAGGAGACAUCACUAUCCACUCUGGUGCAUCGUGGUCCAUUAUAAAUAAUGCAUUGACUUCAAUUUUGGGAUCAGUAGAAGUACAAGAAGAAGCUGGUCUUUAUAUUACGCUGACGUCACCUUUGCUUGCCCUUGAAGUUACAUUGACUUCACUUAUUGAUUCUAUUACUAAUGAUGGUGUGAUUGCCUUUAAUUCUGUCGCUUCUUUAACUUCUGCAACGUACAACUUGGUCGGUGCUUCAUUCACCAAUAAUGGUGAGAUGUAUCUCGGGGCCAGUGGUUUACUACCAAGUCUUAUGUCUAUAACUGCUGCCGAUUGGACAAAUGAAGGUUUAUUAGUAUUUUACCAAAACCAAAGAACUUCUGGAGUUGUUACUUUGGGUGCUGUAUUACCAAUUAAAAACAAUGGUCAAAUUUGUUUGUUUCACGAAACCUAUCAACAAUCAACACCAAUCACUGGGUCAGGUUGUAUUACUACCCAAGUGGAUUCAUUGAUUUACUUUCCAAAUUCACUUUUAUCCGUUGACUCCGCUCAAAGUAUUUAUUUAGCUGAUAGAAAGUCAUCGAUCAUUGUUCAAGCACUUUCAGCUCCCCAAACUUUCAAUGUGUAUGGUUUUGGUAAUGGUAACAAAAUUGGUUUGAGUGUUCCUUUAGCUGGUGCAUUGGUAACUUCUCCUUACAGUUAUGACUCAAAAACAGGUAUUUUGACUUUGAGAGCUGCGGUACUUUCUCAAAAGUUUAAUAUCGGUACUGGAUAUGAUUCCCGUAAUUUUGAGAUUGUUACAGAUACUGCUGGAGGGUUACUUUCAACUUUAAAGGGUAGUGUUAGAUAUAAUGGUCCUGUUCCAGAACGUGAAUUACCAGAAGCUUGUCAAAUUCCGUGUAAGGGUCUUCCAGAAGCUCCUGGAACAGAACCUUCGGAAUAUACAACAACAGUUACAGAAAUAGGAAAUGGCCGUUUUGCUACACGUACUGGUGUUGUGCAAAUUUCCACGGAUGAAAAUGGUGAAUGGCACACGACCACAUCAAUUUUUCCAACCGAGGCAAAACCUACUGUUUUCACAUCUACCUGGGAAGUUACUAACAACGAAGGUGAAAUAAUCACAGAAUCCGGUGUCGUCAGUUCAUUUGGUGAAAUACUCACCACUUUGACCACAUUCCCACAACCAGCCAAACCUACAGUUUUUACGUCUACAUGGGAAGUAACAGAUAAAGAUGGAGUUGUUGCUACCGAAUCAGGUGUCGUCAGUUCAUUUGGUGAAAUACUCACCACUUUGACCACCUUCCCACAACCUCCCAAACCUACUGUUUUCACAUCUACAUGGGAGGUCACUGAUAAAGACGGAGUUGUUGCUACUGAAUCCGGUGUUGUCAGUUCAUUUGGUGAAAUACUCACCACUUUGACCACCUUCCCACAACCAGCCAAACCUACUGUAUUCACAUCAACAUGGGAAGUAACAGAUAAAGAUGGAGUUGUUGCUACUGAAUCAGGUGUUGUCAGUUCAUUUGGUGAAAUACUCACUACUUUGACCACCUUCCCACAACCAGCCAAACCUACUGUUUUCACAUCUACAUGGGAGGUCACUGAUAAAGACGGAGUUGUUGCUACUGAAUCCGGUGUUGUCAGUUCAUUUGGUGAAAUACUCACCACUUUGACCACCUUCUCACAACCUCCCAAACCUACUGUUUUCACAUCUACAUGGGAGGUCACUGAUAAAGACGGAGUUGUUGCUACUGAAUCCGGUGUUGUCAGUUCAUUUGGUGAAAUACUCACCACUUUGACCACCUUCCCACAACUAGCCAAACCUACAGUUUUUACGUCUACAUGGGAGGUCACUGAUAAAGACGGAGUUGUUGCUACCGAAUCAGGUGUCGUCAGUUCAUUUGGUGAAAUACUCACCACUUUGACCACAUUCCCACAACCAGCUCAACCUACUGUAUUCACAUCUACAUGGGAAGUAACAGAUAAAGAUGGAGUUGUUGCUACCGAAUCAGGUGUCGUCAGUUCAUUUGGUGAAAUACUCACCACUUUGACCACAUUCCCACAACCAGCCAAACCUACUGUAUUCACAUCUACAUGGGAAGUAACAGAUAAAGAUGGAGUUGUUGCUACUGAAUCCGGUGUUGUCAGUUCAUUUGGUGAGAUUCUCACUACAUUGACCACCUUCCCACAACUAGCCAAACCUACCGUAUUCACAUCAACAUGGGAGGUCACUGAUAAAGACGGCUCUCUUGUUACUGAAUCUGGUGUUGUUAGUAUGUCAGGGUCAUCCGCUAUAGUUGUUACUAUCUUCCCACGCUACUACGAUUAUGAGUUCACUGUUACCUGGGAGGUAAUGAAUUCGGAUGGUUCUGUGUCCACUAAAUCUGGGAUUGUUAGUAAAUCUGGUUCUUCAAUGAGUACAUAUACUACAUUCCCUCAUACCUCGGAAUCGGAAGAUUAUUCUGCUUCGAGUACAUCUUUUGAUAAUGUAUUUACAACUACUACUGCAGCUGUAACUGAAUCUGAUUUUAUUACAUCUACUGGACUUCAAUCUGAAUCUCAUGUGGUAACUCAAUACACAACUACUUGGACUACUACCGGUAUUGAGGGUGUUAUCGCUACUGAAUCGGGUGUUGUCACUAAAUCAGGAGCAUCUGUACUGACUAUAAUUACUUUCCCUCGAUAUUAUGAUUAUGAAUUCACUUCAACUUGGGAAGUCACAAAUGACGAUGGCUUGGUUACCACUGAGUCUGGUGUUGUCCGAGUUUCAGGGACUUCGACUAGUACCGUUACAACAUUCCCUUAUAAUGAUGUAUCGGAGUUAUACUCUACAUCGGGAACGGUUGACAGCAAUAUGUUAACUACUACUGAAUCAGUAUAUGAAUCUAAGACUUUUGUUGAUGAAUCUGGUUUUACAUCAAGUUGGACUAAUGAAGUAUCUGGUUCUAGUGAAGAUUCAACUAAGUCUAACUCUUUGGUUGUUGAUUCUGGAUAUACAUCUAGUCACAUCAGUGACAAUUUUAUCAUGACAGAUAAUGGUGUUAUCGAUCAAUCUGGUUCAUCAUUGCGUACACUUAGCACCGCCCCAUCAGAAAAAUCUGUUCUUUUUGAAUCAAACUAUGCGCUGGAAUCAAAUUCGGAAUCCAAUUCUUUAGCUAUUGAAACAGAUUUCCCAUCAACCUUAGAAUCAACCAAUAGUUACACAUCUGGUAUUUCUGCUGUCCUUGAAGAAUCUAGUUCCCACGUCAGUACCAUUAUCGUUUUAUCCACUUCUCAACUAAAUCCAAUCAGCUACAGCUCUACUAAUUCCCAAUAUGAAAAUGCAACUGUAAGCAAGUCUUCGAAUAAUAUUGGUAUUAAAGAAACAAGUUUUGAAGCUAGCACUGUUACAGAAAUUUAUACUAAUUCAGGUGAUAAUGGAUCUACUGGAAAUGGGAUUAACCUGACUGAAGUGGAACAAUCUAUUGAUGAUAAAACUGUUACUGAAAAAGGUCAAGCAAUUGGAUCCACUGUUGAAAUAACCAAACCAACUGUUUCUGCAAUUACAAACAGCCAAACUGCUGGCACACAAUCUAUUGAUGACUACACCACUGAUGCUCAAGUUACUGGUGGUAAACAAACUGGUGAUCAAAGUUCCGACCAAAAGCCAAUUGGAACACAUUCAAGUGAAGCAAAGCCACUUAUGACGGAACCCAACACAGCUGAAACAAAAUCAAUUAGUAUUCAAACUAAGCCAACUGGUUUUGAAGCCUCUAAUGAACAAGAGAAAGGAAGUGAUUCUUCAGAAAAGGGGGAUAAAGAGAAGGUAACCAGGGAUAAAGAAAUAACUGCUGAUACUAAAUCAGUAGCUAUUCAGUCUAUUGUAACUCAACAUACUGGUGUACAAGGCAGUGGAGUUGAACAAGGUCAUACCACACCAACUGCAAAUGAGUCUACAAGAGUUCAAGAACAAAAGACAGGAGAAACCCAGGGCAUUUCUACAUUUGCAACAACAACUGUUGUUUCUUCUAGUACUUCUGGUAUUUCUUCCACUGGUGUUUCAGUAAUUGGUAUUGCUGAAAAUUCAACUAAUAAAAUUCAGAUAUCAUUUGUUAGUUUUAUCUUUUCAUUAAUAGUUUUAGCUGUUUAA